AUGCAGGCCACACUUUCUAGUUGUUCCCAAGGAAAUGUGGCUGGAAAAAAUGAGGGAGCAGCUGAUGGAAACCCUAACUUCCCGAUGGAGAUAAUAGGUGAUGGGCUGCCAGUCAGGUUGUUAUGCCGCUUCAGUCAGAAUCUUUCAAUUUAUGGAUUUCCCAAAGUUGGUAGAGCUGGGAUGUACAGGGAGAGCCUUGCUUCACCCGUUACCCUUACGUUAUUGACUGAGAACAUUAAGCAUGAGACAACUGUAGAUAGGAGAGGUAAAGAAGGAAAUGGUGGAUUGUCCUUCACCGCCAGCGUGGUUGUUUUCAUCACUUGCACCCUUGUCUCGGGCAAAUAUGGAUUCACCAUAGGAAAUGAGCUUCAAGACUCCAGAAGUAGUUGGUUUAGCUAUAGUGGGGAUGUACAAGGAUUCAGAUGA